AUGACCUCACCAUUCUACGUUUCCGCUCCUGGAAAAGUCAUUCUCUUUGGUGAACAUUCUACGGUUUAUGGCAAACCUGCCAUUGCAGCCGCUCUUGGUCUUAGGGCAUACCUCCUUGUGGUCCCCAAUGAAGACCCCAACCAGAUCUGCUUGGAAUUUCCUGAUAUUUCCCUCAAACACCUGUGGAACAGGCAGGAUAUACCGUGGGGAUCUCUUCAACAGUUCAUUGAUAGGCAUGAGGGAAAACCUGUUGCCACGGAUGAGCUAAUUCCAGAAAUUCUAGAUAACUUGUCCGAUUUGUUGGACAUGGAGGACCAGCGCACAUAUAUCACUUGCAGAUGCUUCAUGUACUUAUAUUCCAACUUGUGUUCUCCAGAUACACCAGGCUGUCAUUUUGUCAUUCGCUCGACAUUGCCCAUCGGCGCUGGCUUGGGUUCCUCAGCAUCUGUUUCGGUUUCGAUCUCUACAGCACUCGCUAUCUUGGGCAAACACAUUGAAUACCCUACUAUUGCCAUCGAUACCAAACACCACGGCAAGGGAACUCCUGACUCCAACUUCAUUGAUGCAUGGUCACUCAUGGGAGAGAAAUGCUUUCACGGAAACCCAAGCGGAAUUGACAAUGCAGUUGCAACUCACGGUGGUGCGGUGAUGUACCAACGAUUCGGGGGACCUGGCAAUGUCGCAGUGAGAACAAACUUGAGGAAUUUCACAGGCCUUGAUCUACUUUUAACGAAUACAAAAAUUCCUCGAAGCACGGCUGAUUUGGUGGGUGGCGUAGCUGCAUUGACAUCCAAGUAUAACAAGGCCGCAGAAAACAUUUUGCUGGCGAUGGGCGAAGUGGCUAUGGAUGCCUACGAUGCGAUGCUUCAGCCUACUGUCAACACAAAUGUAUUGAGUGAGCUCUUUAACAUCAAUCAUGGAUUGCUUGUUGCCUUGGGUGUCUCUCACCCGGCGUUGGAAACUAUCAAGGCAAUCGGAGAUAGUCAUAAAAUCGGGGCUACCAAGUUGACGGGAGCUGGCGGCGGAGGAUGUGCAAUUACUUUACUUUCGCCAGAUGUAGAAAGCAGCACCCUAGAUCGAGUGAAAAAGGAAUACGAAGCCAGAGGGUUUGAAACUUUCCAAGCGCAAUUGGGUGGCAAAGGUGUUGGCGUGUUGCAAUUUGAAAACAACAGCGAGCCAGAGAUGUUUUCAGCAGUGAACUUCAUGUCCCAGGAAACUAGAGAGCACAUAGAGGAGGCCAUUGGCGCCUCAAAAGUUGCCGGAUGGAGAUUUUGGUAA